CUGACUUUGAAUUGGGGUGUGUGGCUUGGUUACUCUUCUGUGUUGGGCUCUUGUUCUUUCCCAAUUUGCGCGCCGCUCUACCUAGCAGCAGCAUUUUGGACCAGCAUCUACGACACUGUCUAUUCCUCUCAAGUGAGGGCCAGGGGUCUUACUUUCAACUGGGGUACGCUACUCGGGUAUUCGGCCAUCGUCGGUCAUAUUGAUCCCUUAAUCUCUGUGCCCCUGUACAUUGCUGGCAUCAAUUGGACUUUCAUCUACGAUACUAUUUAUGCCCAUCAGGUUUGUUCAUUCCUCCUCGUGUGCAUCGAUAGUUUGAGUUUCGCGUUCAUUGCUAGGAUGUGUGAAAUCCGUGUGUGCUUGUGCGCGUGUCUCUGUCUAUCGAUUUGCUUGAACAAAUAA